AUGGCGGCAAGAACUUUGAAGAGACGCCACGUGUCCAGUAGGUUAAGCUGCAAGGUGUUCAUCCUCUUCUCCGUUUCCGUCUUCUGUGUCUUCGUUUUGGUCACCGCAGCUCUCUGCACUCUUCACUCCAAUUCUACCAAACCCUCAAUUCGAAUUUCUCAAGCUUUUUUUCAUGGUCCUCCCAAAAUUGCUUUCUUGUUUCUCGUUCGCCGUAACGUUCCUCUUGAUUUUCUUUGGGGUGCUUUCUUCCAGAACGGCGACGUUUCGAAUUUCUCGAUUUAUGUUCAUUCAGCGCCAGGGUUUGUGUUGGAUGAGUCAACUAGCAGGUCUCAUUUCUUCUACGGUCGUCAACUCAGCAAUAGCAUUCAGGUUUUAUGGGGGGAAUCAAGUAUGAUUCAGGCUGAAAGGCUGUUAUUGUCGGCGGCUUUGGAAGACCCUGCAAAUCAAAGAUUUGUUCUUCUCUCGGAUAGCUGUGUUCCUCUGUACAACUUUUCCUAUGUGUACAAUUAUAUCAUGGGUUCUCCAAGGAGUUUUGUGGACAGUUUUCUAGAUGUGAAAGAGGGUCGCUACAACCCAAAAAUGUCACCUAAGAUACCAAGGGAAAAAUGGCGUAAAGGGUCCCAGUGGGUCACCUUAGUUCGUAACCAUGCAGAAGUGAUUGUUGACGAUGAAGUUAUCUUCUCUGUCUUUAAAAGUUACUGUAAGAGGCGUCCACCAAUUGAUAUCAGAAAGGGAAAGCUGAAUCUUAAACUUCAGAAGCAGCACAACUGUAUUCCAGAUGAGCACUAUGUGCAGACAUUGCUUGCACUGCACGGCCUUGAAGGUGAACUUGAGCGCAGAACAGUGACCUAUACUUUGUGGAACCAGUCGGCAACAAAAACAGAUAAUAAAGGCUGGCAUCCUAUCACCUUCAGUUAUGCAAAUGCUGGUCCUCGAAAGAUAAAGGAAAUAAAGGACAUCAGCCAUGUUUAUUAUGAGACCGAGUACCGGACAGAAUGGUGUCACAGCAAUUCAACCUCUGUUCCAUGUUUUUUGUUUGCUAGGAAAUUCUCUCGGGGUGCAGCUAUGCGCUUGUUGAGCGAAGGAGUUAUUGACCACUUUGAACUUUCUGCAUUACUAGGCAAUGAAUGA